UAGGCGUUUUGAGAGGUUGACGAAAACGAGGCAUAUGACCUAUUUUCACCUACAUUGGCGGCCUGUUAGGCAUUAAAAAUAUGAAAUAAUAAAUAAGUUCUUCAACGUCAUUCAGUAAUUAGAAUAGAAAAAGUGUAAUCCUUAAUAUUAAUCAUAGGGGGAUGCAAACAUGGAAAGUGAAGAAGCUAUUAUGGAAAAUGAAAACAACUCAAAUGUUGAAUCAGAGUCCAUUAUAAGAGUUAGAGAAGGGGCUAUCAGUAAUGAUUAUCAAAGGGAAUCUAAUGAUGCUGCCUUUGAUAGCGUUGAUUUAUUGGAAAAUUCUGAAGACUCUAGAAUUCCUGAGAAUAUUUCAUCCAAUUCAGAUGGCAAUAUUUGCAACUCUGAUCCCUCAGUACUGCCUAUAGAUGUUAAAGAAGCAACGGAAAAGGAAGAUUGUGCUGGUAACAUAAGCAUUUGUCCUCCAAAUCUUUCAAAUCUCUUAGACCAUAGUAGUGUAGUUUCUGAUUUAGAAACACAGCAGUCCAUUAAAGAGACAUGUGACACUGAACGCAAAGAUGUAACAGAAAUAGUCCCAGAUGAUUGUUCCAAUAGUGAAAACAAUGAGAAUGAAGAAGAAUCUAUGGAUGUGGACAACUAUAGCCAUCCAGGUAGCAUCCAACAUCAAUCAAAGUCCUGUGCGAAUAGUGAAGAUGGCUUGAGUCACAGAGAUGAAUCCAUUCAAGGCACUCACCAGGAAAUUAAUGAGUUUUCUACAAACUAUGAGCUUAGCAAUAAUGGGGUAUUAGGUACUUUAAACAUGGAAUCAGUGGGGAAUAAUAAUGAAGAUAAUUUUCAAGAUAGCAAUGAAAUGGAAAGUGAACUACAAAAGUGUGAAACACCUAAACAUGCUCAAGAUAUAUCAACAAAAGAAAAAAAUGAUAGUGAAAGUUAUGAAAAGGCAAAUAAUCUUGAUGCAGAAAUGAGCGGGGCCAGUUUUUUUGUUGCCUCAGAAUCAAAACCCUCUGAUACACAGCCAGCUGAAAGUUUUCCAGUACUUGAUACUUCAGAUGAAAAUUCAGCUGAACUAGUGAAUAGAGGGGAAAUACCAGAUUCAGACAUUCCGAAAGAAGCUGCUUCAAUACAAUCUUCUCCAAAUAAGAAAACUGAAGAGGAGCAUGGUACUCCCCAAGCACAAGAGAUGGCAUCUGUUGCAGACAAUGAAGAUGGUGAGAUUAGGAUUCUGCAGGUAGAAUCUGUUGCAGGUAAUGAGAAUAAUGAUACUUCACAUUUAGACACCAUUGCAGAUACUGUGAGUGACAAUGAUUGUGAAUUGCAGCUAUCAUCUGAGAUAAAAGCUGGAGGUAAUACCGUUGAUGCACCACCUACAAUACCUGAGCCAAACACUGGUGCAGAUAUUAAUGCUGAUGAUGAUCGUGCCGUAUCGCAGCUAUCAAAUACUGCAACAGAUGGUGGUGACGAUUGUGAAAUGCCUAUGAUUUCUGAGCCAAUAAUUGUUUCAGACAAUGAAGGGGAUGAUUCUGAAAUGCCUAAUAUAUCUGAGAUAGAAUCUGCUCCACUAAUGAAUGGUGAAUCUCAAUCAGAUUUACCUAAAUCAUCUGAGACAAAUACUGCUCCACUAAUGAAUGGUGAAUCUCAAUCAGAUUUACCUAAACCACCUAAGACAAAUACUGAUUUAGCAACUGCUGUAGAGAAACAAGUUGAUGGAGAUACUGUGGAAGAAUGUAUUUCUGAUGUUGAAUAUACUAGCAAUGCUAUACCAAAAUUAUCAAGAAAAGAUUCAAUCAAAGAUAAUCUGCAGCAUAGUGAUAGUAGUGCCUCUGGAAGCUUUUUAGAAUCUUCUAACACUAGUGACACACUUGACAAAAAGGACUGCAGCAAUAGUCAAAUUGAGAUGACAGAAAGGACUGUUCAAGAUGAGUCUAGUAGAAAAAGUAUAGACUUUGUUGAUUGUGAUAACAUCGAUGGCAACAGAGACAAAACUAGUGACACUGCUGCUGCUACAGAAAGUGUUAAUGUAGCUUCUGUCAAUGAAAGUGAUGAUGACCUGAUUAUAGUGCCUGCAGCCAAUACGGAAUUGGCUAAUGAAAGUCUUAAGAGUCAAGAUUCAACCUCCAACCUUGAUGUCAAAGCAGAGCAGGGCGCAAGUGAGGAUGAUGUUGUUGUUCUGGAUGACGAAGGAGAAGUUUUACCUGUUAAAAAGGAGGGCGAUGACAGCAAAAGCAUAGACAAUGGCCUCGGCAUCCAGAUUUCUGAAGUUGCAGGCCAGCAGCACCAGCUCCAUGCCACAGCGGAAAGUACUGAGGCUAUUUCCUUAAGCACAUCUCAAUCUAAACAGUCUUCAAAGCCUAGGAGUAAGUCCAAGAUGCAAAUCUGCAUUGUUUGUUCAAAGGUGGCUCGAUGCAAGUAUAACAUUGUCAGAAAUGGUGAUGUCAAGCAUUUAUGUGAUGAUAUUUGUUUCAUGCAGUUUAGAAAGAGCCCCAGCUCUUUUCUAAAGAAUAAAGAAGGAAAGGGAUCCUCAAAAGAUGCAAAGGUUUCCAAGAGUUCUUUGAAACCAACUUAUGAAUAUCCACCACAGACUCCAGCAUAUAAGACCUGUGCCGUUUGUCAGUUAAUGGAUUUGAAUGUACAGCCCUCUUUCUGUAAUUGGAAAGGUUUAGACUUUUGUGGAGAAUCUUGUCUUGGUAAAUUUCAGGCUACCUUGAACACCUCCUGCUCCUUCUGUCAUGCUUAUAUCCCUAUGGACAUGAGAGCCCUGUACUGCUUUAAGAUUGGCAAUGACAUGCGGCCAUUUUGCAAAACCAAAUGUGUCACAGAGUUUAAAAAGAAACUGAAACUUUGUGCCUUCUGCCAGAGGGACAUUGCAGCACUGCCUGGUGCCACUUCAGCUGUCGUAGGAGCUGGGGUGAGGAGGGAGUUCUGUUCCCAGGCUUGCGUGAGCAAGAUGGAGGAGCAGCUGAGCGCGGUGGAGUUCAUGAGUGUCAGCAGCCAGAAACAAGAGGGAUCCUGCACUGUAUGUGACAAGCAAGGGAUGCCAAAACACAUGGUCAAGUUCAAGGGCAAGAUCCACAAGCUCUGCAGCGAGCUGUGCCUGUCAGCGUUCCAGUACACCAACAAACUAAACAUCACCAGAUGUGACAGCUGUUUUUCAAUAAGCAGGCUGGAGGAGACUCAGGCCCACUUCAUCCAGUUUGAAGGGCAUAUGAAGAGGUUCUGCAGUGACCACUGCGUGAAUAAUUUUAGGCGUCAGAACACCAAGGUAGUGAGCUGUGACUGGUGUAGCACCAAAAAGCUGAAUUUUGAUAUGAUAGAGAGGCUGGACACAGAGAACAAAUAUCAAAUGUUCUGUUCACUGACUUGCCUGUCGCUCUAUCGUGUCAAUCAUCAGGCCAAGUCUAAUCAAGCAAUUUCUUGUGAUCAAUGCAGAAAGGUUGUUCCAGCUCAGUAUCACCUCACUAUGAGUGAUGCCUCAGUUCGUAACUUUUGUUCCUAUGUGUGUGUCAUGGCAUUUCAAUCUCAGUUUACAGCUAAGCACAGUGUACAGGGUUUGAGCCCACAGCUACAAAUACCUGCUGUACCUCCCCAGCAGUCUAUGCUUCAAGCUAAAGCACCUAAUGCCACCAGGCCAGGGCGACCUAAAAUUCGACAAGGUUCAUCACAGAAAGACUCGUUUCCUGUAAUCUCUAAUGUUAUAUCUUUAGCUCCACCAAAUACUAGUGAUAAACAAGUGCAGCCUACUGAAUCUUUAAUACCACCAAAAGUGACAAAUGUGCCACAGACUGGCAACAUAGUUAGCAGUGGGGAUGGCAAACAUCAAAUCUUAAUUCAACCGCCAAAUCCAGUGACAGUGAAGAAUAAAUCUCUCCAGUGCCGGCCUAUCACACAAACCAAAGCUACGUCUUGCAAACCUCAUUCGCAGUCUAAGGAGAUUCAAACAGAUGAGCAAGCUCCCAAGACAAUAUUAAUUCCUGUACCUGUACCGAUCUACAUACCAAUGCCAUCUGUGAUGUACACUGCCCCAGCACCUCAGUUAGUACCUUUCCCCAUUCCCAUACCAGUACCAAUAUUUAUACCGACAACUAGAAAAUCUGCUCAAGGAAUUUCAAAAGCCAUUAAAGAAAUAGUUGAAAGGAUGCCAGCGGAUCCUCUUGAAGCUGAACUCCUGAUGAUGGCAGAGGCUGUAGCUGCUGACUCAAGACAAGUGGAGAGUGAGUCAGAGUCUGAAGAGGAUGUUGGCGGUGAUGAUUUUGAGCCAUCAGUUGACCUACGACAUUCCUCAAAGGAGGAUGAGGCUCAGAUGAUGAGGAAAAGAGAUGGUCAGGGUGAAGAGGAUAUGAUCCAGAUGGCCUUGCGAAUGGCAGAGGAGAUGUCUGGACCCAUUGAAGAUUUAGAAAGCUCUGUUGAACCUGUAGCUGUCAAUUCAGAUCCACGUGGGCACCAGAGCAUACCCAGUUAUGACACUCAAAUAGAUGAGGAAUAUAUUCCACCUGUCUCUGCAAGAGGUGCAAAAAGAUCAAACAGGGGCAGGCCUCCAUCAACCAGACCCAAACGGGCUCGGUACGAACGUCAGUCUUAUGCUGAUGAUGACACAAUGUCCUCCUCUCAGUCCCAAGCUAAUACUACUAUGGAACCUCCUCCUGAUGCAAACUACAGACUCAAGUUCACUUAUGGCGUGAAUGCAUGGCGUCACUGGGUCAUCACUAAAAAUGCUCAGCUGGAGAAGGCACGACAAGGGUCUAACAGUCCUAAAAUACGAACAUUCCCCACAGACAUAUUGAAGUGCACCACAGAUGAGCUUAAUUUUACACUCUGCCUAUUCAUCAAAGAAGUCAGAAAGCCAAAUGGUGAUGUUUACUCUGCUGAUAGCAUUUAUUAUCUUUGUUUAGGUAUUCAGCAGUAUCUUUAUGAGAAUGGUCGAAUAGACAACAUUUUUACUGAUUUGUACUUUGAGAGGUUUACAGACCUGUUACAUGAAAUAUUACAGACCCUUCAGCCUAAAGUCAACAGUCAAGGUCAAAUGUUGUGUCGUAUAGAGGAGGAACACUUGUGGGAGAGCAAACAGUUGGGAGCACACUCUCCUUUUGUCUUGUUGAACACUUUGAUUUACUUUCACACCAAACAUUUCAUUCUGAAGACAGCGCAAGAACACAUGGCUCUGUCUUUUGCUCAGAUUCUUAAACAUUGGAAGAAAGGGGUUCCUGUCAAAGGUCAGGCUGCAGCUGGGAAGAAUGUUUCAUUAAGGUUUUAUUGCCUCGCUAAUGGUAAAAAAGAUGGCUUGGCUCGAAAAAAUAAGGAUGGUGUCCCAGUGUAUGAAGUGACAGAAAAUUUUGAGAAUCCUUUAAGAUGUCCUGUAAAAUUGUAUGAGUUUUUCUUAUCCAAAUGCCCAGAGAGUAUUAAAAACAGAAAUGAUAUUUUCUACCCUGUGCCUGAAAGAUCCUGCGUUCCAGACAGCCCAGUGUGGUACUCUACUCAGUCCAUUGAUGUACACACUAUGGAUAAAAUGUUGACCAGGGUGCUUCUGGUGAGAGAAAUUCAGGAGGCUCAUCUACAUGCCCAGCCUCUUUAUUUGUGAGGCUGUCUUGUCUUCAGAUUUUUAGUUCCACCCCCUUUCCCCUUUCCAACGUCUGCAGUUUGUAUAGUGAUGGCAGAAUUCUUGAGGACUUGAAUUAUUUCAAGAUUCUUUUAGUAAAGUGCAGUAUAUCAUACUACUAUUACCCCCCUUCCCUCUCAAAUUUCACAUUUAUUUUUUUUUUCUAUAAAAAGUUAAUAGAAUUUUAAAUGUGUAUAUUAAAUUACCUGGCAGUAUAAUUUUAAAAUGUUUACUUAUCCAACAUUUAAACAUAGACAUGCCAUUUUGCUAGUUAGUCAACAGGGAAUAUAUUUCAGUCUCUUGUUAAUACAAUAGUUUCAUAUAAUUAUUUUGUUUUCAAUACUAUUUUAUUAAAAAAAAAUGGAAUUGGACAUAAUAGAUAUUUAGAUCUAGUAAAUUUGAAAAAUGGAAAACACCAAGUUGGUUGUAUUAUAACUAGUAAAUGUAACUGUUGAAGUUAUAUAAGAAGUUGGUUUAUUUAAUGUGCAAUAUCCUUAUAAAAUUGUACUAUCAAAAGACAGAUAAAUAUUUUAACACAAUUAGUUUAACUCAAUACUGUUUUGUAUCAGUUGAUUUCAUCGAAGGUAUGAAAUAGUAAAUAUAUUUUAAUAGGCAAAUAUGAUAUGCCAAUACUAUAUUUUUACAGUAUACAUGUUUCUUGAGUCUUGGUAAAAACCAAGUCAUAGAGUAAAUCAUCUACUUGGGAGCAGUAGUAUCCCAUGCCACUUUUUUUUGUUUUCUGAACUUAUUAGAAUAGACCUGAUUUUAGAAAUGAACUUACAAAAUAGAUGACCAUUUUGUGUUUAUUCAAAAUACAAAUAGCAUUGUUAAAUAUCUAGGAAGGGGAGCGAGGUAUUGCUAGCAUUGUUCAUGUUUGUGUUUUAAACAAUAUUACAUUUUGAUCAGAUUUAUGUUAAGUUUAUAUUUGUUUUGUUUAUACAUGUGGAGUCUUUUUCACACAAAAAAGACAGAAAGUGUGUUUGGUGAGAUUUUUUCAUUGUAUUAGCAUUGUUAACAAACCAUUUUAUGUAAAUAAACAUGAACUAGUGUACAAGUCUA